CACACCUCAGCUGCCUCACACCAGAGAAAGAGGAAACUGUCAUUCAUUCAGCUUUGGAUGCUUCUCACAGUUUUCCAUUCAGAUUACUGAAUAAGAGAGAAAGAUGAGCACCUUAAAAAAGCGGAUCCAAGACUACAUGUUGGAGAGGAAAAGGCGGCGAACCAGAUUGGUGACUAAAGAUGGUCGCUGUAACAUUGAGUAUGGAAACAUUAAGUAUAGCACCCACUUUGCCUUCCUGGUUGACUUCUGGAACACCUUUGUUGAGAUCAGGUGGCGUUUUGUCCUGUUUAUUUUCAUUGCAUCUUUUACCCUCAGCUGGUUUAUCUUUGGCCUGCUGUGGUACUGGAUUGCCCGAAGUAAUGGAGAUCUGGGAUGGCAAGAGCCCCCUUCAGAUCACAAUUCAUGCGUUGAGAAUGUCGUUGGACUCACCACAGCCUUCCUGUACUCACUUGAAACCCAGACAACUAUUGGGUAUGGUGGAAGAGCAAUCACAGCUGAAUGCCCUAGUGCUGUGGCCCUUAUCAUUAUCCAAUCCCUUCUUGGAGCAGUUAUCAACUGCUUCAUGUGUGGAAUCAUCUUGUCCAAGAUCUCCCUACCCAAAAAGAGGGCCAAGACCGUCACGUUUAGUGAAAUGGCUGUCAUCAGUCCCAGAAAUGGUUCUCUCUGCCUGUCCAUCAGAGUGGCCAACCUGCGCAAGACACUGAUGAUUGGAAGCCAGAUCUAUGGCAAGCUGCUGAGAACAACAACCACGCCAGACGGUGAGACAAUCAUCAUGGACCAAGUGAAUAUUGACUUCCUGGUAGAUGCUGGGAAGGACAACCUAUUCUUUGUAACUCCUCUCACAUUGCAUCACGUUAUUGACAAGAGCAGUCCCUUCUUCGACAUGGCAGUGGACACGCUACAUGACAAAGAGUUCGAGCUUGUGGUCUUUCUGGAUGGCACAGCAGAGUCCACAAGUUCUUCCUUCCAGGUGCGAACCUCCUUUAUUCCUCAGGAGAUCAUGUGGGGCUACAACUUCCUGCCGAUCAUCUCCAGGAGCAAAGAAGGGAAAUACAGAGUUGACUUCUCCAACUUCUCCAAAGUGGUUCCGGUAGCCACUUCACAUUGUGCAUACUGUUAUCACAACAUCAAAGGACAUCAUCUCCAUUCCAGAGAAGGACAUGACAACCCGGGUUUUGAAGUGAUUGAAAUUGACAAUCCCUCUAAUGUCACCAAGAUGUGAAACACUGUGCUGUUCACGCAGACUGAAAUAUCUGACUGGCAGCCCAUUGUAUCUCCCGACAAUGAAUUCCUCAAGGACAUACCGUUGCUGGAGGCACCUGUGGAUGAACACACAACCACAACCAAAUCCUUUGCAUUUAAACUUGAAUCCGAUUAACCAAUUGUUUUGUUAUUUUUUUGUAUUUACAAAUAAGAAACUUGUGGGAUCAAGGCACUCCUUGUGAGUUUUGUAUGUGUCUGUAUGUAAAACCACACCUGUCAUGAUCUUCUGAUGAAAACUCUGUUUUUGGAGGUUAGGACAUGUUAGCUGAUGAAACAUAGCUAAUUGACACAAAGCUUUUCUGUCAGUGAUCAUAUUUGUAUGAAGAGGAUAUUUUUUUAUACCUUUCAUAAGAGUUAUUUUUGCUUUAAAUAAAACAGACAAAAACAUGU